AUGUCUACUAAUACUACUCUUGAUGCAAAUACUCAAGCUAUAGUAAGUCCAGCACCAUUUAAUGUUAACCCUCCGGAUAAAUUCAAUUUUUUGGCCCCAGCAAUUUGGCCUGCAUGUAGGAAGAGGCUGGAACGCUACAUGUCGGUAUCAGGGCAGCUUCAAAAGACAGAAAAACAAAAAAUAGAUAUCCUACUGUACCUUAUGGGAGAAGAAUCCGAAGAUAUUUUGAUACAAUUUCAAAAAAUUCCAGAUACUUACGAGGAAAUUCUAAAUGCUUUUGACAAAUAUUUUAUCCCUAGACGUAAUAUUAUAUAUGAACGUUUCAAAUUCAAUUCUACAGUACAAAAACCAGGUGAAAGCAUUGACUUAUUUAUUACUAGCCUACAUACCUUAGCAGAACAUUGUAAUUAUGGGCAACUGAAGGAGGAAUUGAUCCGAGACCUUAUGGUAGUAGGCAUGCUGGACACAAAAACAUCAGAAAGGUUACAGCUAAAAGAAACUCUAACUUUACAGCAAUGUAUAAUGGAAGCAAGGCAAACAGAGUUGCAGGCGGUGCAGAAUAAAGAUUUACUAGGUGUCCAGAGACAUAUUGGUAGAGUGCAACUAAAUCAAAGUGGUGCGAGCACAUCUAAAGUGAGUGAUGGUCAGGGAUCCAGUGGCACUGUGAAAAAGUGCGGUUUUUGCGGGCUACAGUUCCAUUCCCGAGAGCAGUGCCCUGCCAACAAAUCGACAUGUAAGAGAUGCAUGAAGAAAGGCCAUUGGGCUUCCGUAUGUAAAAAAAUAAGGUCAGAUCUGUCAAAAUUGAUUUAUUAG